UUUAAGCCUGUACGUGGCAUUCAGAGACUAACGUUACACACAGCAGCCGAGGCUGGUGUGGCUCCGCUCCUGCAACAACUCACUCAUACAGACUGACAUCCUGCACUCCUACAGGAUACACUGAAGCAAGGAAGCUCUUUAAAUCACCAGACUUGUUGUGACGCCCGCAAUAAAGCAUUUAGAAACAUGUUUACCGUGUCGGAGCUGGUUGUCUUGCUGGCCGUCCUGUCCGCCACUGCGUCCGGCUACUUCGUUAGCAUAGACGCCCAUGCCGAUGAGUGCUUCUACGAGCGGGUCAACUCCGGCACAAAGAUGGGCCUCAUGUUUGAGGUUGCCGAAGGAGGCUUCCUGGACAUCGAUGUCGAGAUAACAGGGCCUGAUGGUAAGCAGAUUUACAAAGGUGACAGAGAGUCCAGCGGGAAAUACUCGGUGGCAGCACACAUGGACGGAACCUACAAGUUCUGCUUCAGCAACAAGAUGUCCACCAUGACACCCAAGAUCGUCAUGUUCACGAUUGAUAUUGGAGAGGCCCCCAAAGGCCAGGACAUGGAGACAGAAGGUGGUGACAACUGGGAUGCCCACCAAAACAAGCUGGAGGAGAUGAUCAACGAGCUGGCAGUUGCUAUGACAGCUGUAAAGCAUGAACAGGAGUACAUGGAGGUUCGCGAGAGGAUACACAGAGCAAUCAACGACAACACAAACAGCAGAGUGGUGCUGUGGUCAUUCUUUGAAGCUCUGGUUCUGGUGGCAAUGACACUUGGACAGAUUUACUACCUGAAGAGAUUUUUUGAAGUACGACGAGUAGUUUAGUGCGAUUAAAUGAUCCCUCUGUGUCCUCCACUGAUUUUUCUCCAACACCAAGACAGUUAUUUACACUCUGGAAAUGAGACUGGCAGAUUUGAGUAAAGCCUGAUUGGAUUUCAGAUGUUUUGUUCUCCUGUUAACCUAUUUGGUUCCUUCUUUAUAAAUGUAAUUAGUGUGCGUUUGGAACGAAUGGCCAAAAGAUUCUGGGAUAGAUGUCAGUUAAGUUUAUUAGUUCCUUUUUUAUGUUUUUUUUUUGUCCAAUAUUGUUAAUUACAGUUAGUACAAAUAAUUUGCCAGUACAGUUUUACCUGUGUGAAUGACUGUAAGGCUCAUAAUUUUAAGUAAAGGUCAGAAGACUUAGAAACUCACAUAAAUGGAUCGGCACGUGUGGAGUUCCCACAGGAGAAUGAAGAUUUAAAAUGGGACCCUUUUCAAAUGGUAAAAAAGACAAACAUGAAAACAGUGCAUUUGAUUUUUUUUUUGAUCUGAGAUGCAGGGGGUUUUGUUUCUUGGUCUAAGCCGAGUCGGACAAUGUACUCCCAGAUAUGUGAUAUCUGUACAUUGUGUUUAUGCUCUCAGACAACAAAUUGCACUCCUGAUAAAUGCAUCUAAAUACCUGAAGGGUUUACACUGCAGCUGAUUUUCAAGGGAAAAUGUACAACUUCUAGCUGUGUGUUGAUUCUUAGCGAUCUGUGCUGCAGGAGACGGGGGGGGGGGGGCUUCAGUGGACAUCUUUUGCAGGGAAACUAUGUAGUUCAGAAAAUGGCAACAGGCAAGUGGUUUCUUGGCCGUAAGAGUUCACAAGUUAAUUUCAUUUUUACGCUUAUUUGAAAACUUCCAACGCUACUUUAGCAGUAAGACCUUAGAAGAGCUGAGGCAGGGUUGGAUUUUAAACUGAACUACUUGGGAGUGGAACUCCAAAGCAAAGUGUCGAGAAAUACUGAAAUACACGUUACAUGUUGAUUGAGGCUGGUUGGGGGCGGGGGGGUGGGGGUGUGACACCUAAUGACUGCUGUGUGCUUUAGUUGCUUCUACUAUAGCUCUUUUGUUGGGGUUAGGGAUUUUAAAUUAUAUAAUUGUAUACAAAUUUGAACCAGUUUUUUUUUUCAUGGAGCAUAUCCUGUGACAUGCAACUGUUUGGAUGAUGCCUUUCAAAUUAAUCUUUUACCCGUUUGUUUCCACAUCAAGGUAAAAAAAAGUACGUCCAAGGCAGUAGCUUCACAUCUAUCACACAGCUGCAACAUCCUAAGUGCUGCGUGUCACUGAAUAUGCUCCCGUUUUGUAUUAAAAACAAUCUUUGGUGAGCUCUGGCAGGUGCUCUGUACACAGUCUCUCCUUUUUGUGAUUACAAACGACUAAAUCUGAUAAAUGGAUCUGUACAAAUGUAGAAUGGUUGUCUGUGGAGAAAAAAAAGCCCCAGGUUUCAUAAUAAAGCCAAUAUUCUGUACAAUUA